CGUAUACUUUACAUUCACGCAGCAACGUUUUUGCCUUCCGAAACAUCCACAGCUUUGUCAAUCCAAACACAAGCAAAGAAACAGUGAUAUUUUGUAAUAUAUUCAAUGGCUUGGGUAACCGCGUCUUCGCAACGAUUUGUCGCACCUACGCAAGGAGGGCAUCGCCACACGCCAAUAGUUCCUUACAUCAAGCCGGCAGCAGUGUGGACAAGGCCAACACCCGAUCGUGAUGCGGACUUCGUGAAGCCGUCGUACAUACCCCAACCUGUGCAGCCCAGCGUUACACCCAGCCGCGAAGACAGGCCUAUCUACGCACCCAUCACCCCGGAGUUUCGCCCAGCCGAGCUUCCGGAAACUCCAAAAGAGCUCCCUAGCGCGCCCAAGCUUCCAGAGCGAAGGCCUGACGACAUUCCGGCUGGCAAUCCUAAGGAGAAGCCCUCGGAAGGUGCACCUGAAAAGCGGGAGGCGCCGCCUUCGAAGGAUCGCGAGUCGGCACCCAAGAAAUAGGGCUUCGGCAUGCCGUGGCGUCGUGGCGGGCGUGACAUGGGAUGUGCAAUAUCGUGCUGGCGCUAACGACGCUGAGUUUAAGUUAUGUGUCAUCCGACAGUGCCCCGCUUAUGCUGGUUUCUGUAAGACAUGUUUUUGAUACUCUUAGAGAUGGGUGAUCGACUGGCGGUACCUUACUCCUUCGCCCGCUUAGAGCAUCACUUGCGUAAAAGUUCCCUUCUGCAAACUCAAGUGCUUUGCAUUUGCAACGUGGGCAUGCGUUAUAAGGCCGAAACGUGUUCUUGAUGAGACGCGGUGAUGUCGUGGUGACGCUUCAUGCCGGCCGCUACGGGAAGCUGUAAACGAUGUCCUAAG